CGAUCCGAUUACAGCGCUACUCACAACGACGCUUCAGCUUCGGUGGAUCUUCCAGAAGAUCCGCACAAGCCGCUUACGAGUUAACGAGAAAGGCUUGGUUUGAUCGUUGAUGGGUUCGCGCUCUCGCGGUACGACUGCCCCCUCUCUAGAGCAUCUAUGGCGAGACGAGGUUCUUUACCUCCACUCUCUCUGGCACCAGGGCCCCCCUCGAACCCCUAAUGCGGACUCUAACCCUAAACCCACCAGUUCAACUAACAAUGCUCUGCGUGCCAAUAACCCAACGGCAUUCAAGCAGAGCAGCAAGAAGAAGAGGAGGAAGAAGAAAAAGAAGAACAAGGAAAGCAGAUCGAAGGAGAAGAAGGAUUCAAACCCUCCGGUAGCAGUGCCAGAUGUGGCGUGGCCGGUCGAACCUGCUCCGGAGCCUCUCCAGGAGACGGGCUGGCCGGACUUGAAUCCUCAAUCAGUUCCCACCACCAGGCCGGCUUCCGAAGAAGAACAAGCCAAGCUUGGCGCGCUACAAUUGCAGCAGAAGGGCUUGAAGGCUUGCCAGGAUUUCUUUUUGAGCAAUGCCGGUUCAGAUGACGAGGGAGAAGAUGACGAGGAUUUGAUGGAUGUGGGUGAAGAGGAAUCUCAAGAGUUCCAGUUCUUUUUGGGGGUUUUCACGGAGGACGGUGAGCUGAGGAAUUAUUACGAGAAGAAUUGGGAAGGUGGGGAGUUCUGUUGUUUGGUUUGUGGGGGAAUAGGGAAGAAGGUUGGAAAGAGGUUUAAGAAUUGCGUUGCGCUUGUUCAGCAUUCGACGGGCAUUGCGAAGACCAAGAAGAAGAGGGCUCACCGAGCUUUCGGGCAAGCCAUUUGCAGAGUUCUUGGUUGGGACAUUCAUCGACUUCCCAGCAUUGUUCUUUCGGUGGGACAGCCCCUCGGUCAAUGGUUGACGAACUCUAGUUCCGAGAUGGGUACAAAGGAGAAUGACACCAGUGAGGAAAUCCUUCAAGACCAAGUUGCAGGGACUGUGAACGAUGAUAACAGCAAGUGGGGUCCAUCUGAAAAUGAUAAGAGUGGUAUAAGGAAUACUCUUCAAGGCAGUAAUGAACCAAAGGGUUUCCAGGUUGAUUUGAAGGAAGAUGACGCGAAUCAUGAGAAGGAUGGUUUCCAUAGUGAAUUGAUGGAUAACAAUGGAGAGGAUCAAGGAGAAGAGAUGGAUUCCACGGGGGGUUUGAAGGAAGAAGGUUCAGGCAGUCAGGGGGAAGAUAUUGAGAGAGACCCUAAUGAAGCUGAUGCUGGGAAAUCAGUUGAAGAAGCUCAAGAGGACACUGUAGAUGCUGUAGAAACUAAAAACUAGAAACUAACAGAAGGGAACCCGUGACUGUACAGUGAGAUCUUAUUCUACUUUUUGGAGUUCUUAACAAAUUAGCUUUUGGCUUUUUCUUCCUUCUUAUGGUUGAGUUGGGGAUAUUGAGAGGAGUUAUCACGUUAAAUAUAUAUCUUUUCUUUUUCAUUUAUGCCAAGUUUCCAACAACACUGAUAUUAGUCCAGUGGAUGUUUGUUUACAGUUUAUUGAUGAAAGUCAUUAUGUUCCGGACAUGCU